CCCAGAGAUUUUCAAUUAGAAUUCCUCUGUAUCAUAUAAACCAAAGCAAAUCAAUCAAAUUCGUAUCAGAAAUCUCCUUAUUCGUUCGAGAAAAUGUCCGGAGUAACCAAUCAAGAAGAGGAUAAGAAACCCGCCGAUCAAUCUGCCGCUCAUAUCAAUCUCAAAGUCAAGGGCCAGGAUGGUAGUGAAGUUUUCUUUAGAAUCAAGAGAGUUACUCAAUUAAAGAAGCUUAUGAAUGCUUAUUGCGACCGUCAAUCGGUAGAGUUUAACUCUAUUGCAUUUUUGUUCGAUGGUCGUCGCCUUCGUGGAGAGCAAACACCAGAUGAGUUGGAAAUGGAGGACGGAGAUGAGAUAGAUGCCAUGCUUCACCAAACAGGCGGUGCGCUGUAGGUUUCGUUGAGCUUAUUUGGUAGAGGUGCAAUUAGUAGUAGGAUGUUCAUCUUUUCAGAAAUUUGUUCUUCGAGAUGAAACUUAUCAGUUGUCAAUAUAUUUUAUACUUGUGAUGCUAUUUGGAGCCUGGCCUCUGCCUUUUUAUUUGGUUAAUUGUUGAUAUGCUUUGUUAGGGUUUGAAAUACUAUUCCUUCUGUUUAUUUUCAUUGUCUGAUUAUCUGUUUA